AAUUGGAAUCUCAUGAUGCGAAACUUCCUGUUUUAGCCCCGAUUAGAGAUCUGCUGUUAUUUCGGUGAUGUGCUGGCCACUGGUUUAAGGCAUGCAGGAGCCAAUUCAAUCCUCCAGCUGAUCCUCUCUGGCUGAAGCUCAUCGUCCUUCCAUCACCAUGUCUGCUGAAGAGCAGACUCCUCCUCUAUCCCGACCCAGCCCUGAGUGCUUUUCCUGGGAUUAUCGUUUCCAGCUCAUCGGCCUCGGCUUUGGUUUCUACACAGCUGUAUUUGUCCUCUCCCACCUCCUGUCACUGGCUUUGUGCCGUACCUACAAUGCUCUCUCAGCCAAGGAGAAGGUCUUCUGGAACUUGGCAGCCACUCGUGCAGCAUUCGGCAUUCAGAGCACAGUGGCAGGACUUCGGGCUCUGACUGAGGAGUCCGCCCUAAACAAUGACAAAGUGAGGGGUCAGGAGGAUUGGUCCUGGUUUCACGUCCUCACAGCUACAGGCUUUUUUGUAUUUGAAAACGUGGCACUCCACACAUCUAGUGUGGUGUUCCGGUCAUUCGACCUGCCCUUGGCCACCCAUCAUUUCUUCGCCCUGUCGGGCUUUGCAGGCGCCGUAGUGUUUGAUUCUCAGGGACACUUCCUGGCCAUGGUUACUCUCCUACUGGAGAUGAGUACGCCUUUUACCUGCAUCUCCUGGAUGUUGCUGAAGGCCGGCUGGGCUCGCACUCUCUUCUGGAGAGCCAACCAGUGGGUGAUGAUCCACAUGUUCCACUGCCGCAUGGUGCUUACUUAUUACAUGUGGUGGGUGACGGUGACCCACUGGGAUGGGAUUAACACCCACGUGGCGCUUUCCCAAAGGCUGAUCUUCUUCUCGGGACUCGCUCUGCUCACAUUCAUCAUCAACCCCAUCUGGACGCACAAGAAGACCAUGCAGCUGCUGAAUCCUGUCGACUGGAACUUUGGGAACAAACCGGCGCCGGUUAAUGGCACCGUGGGAGAUCAUUCUGCGGUUUCUACGAAACCUCAUGAAAGCUAAAAAGCAUUUGAAAGGUCCAACCCUGUCUACCUUUUGCUACUUUUCUUAUCCACUUCUUUUAAGUUUAAGAUGAACACCUAUGGAAACGUGAAGAGCACAUUUGGUAUGUGGGAUAUGAUGAUGUGUUCUCCAGGUCUGGGAUGCAUCAGGGUUUCUU